AACCAUUUUAAGUCGUAGUGGAAACGCGACCUAUGUCGCAAAGAGGCAUACGAAUAUUGUAUAAAUUUUAUGAUUGAAAAAUUGACUAUGUUUUGUACAAACGAGUCUACCAGCUUGCAGGCGCAAUAAGAUGGUUACGCGUGCGGGGGAUACCCACCCCUGCAUUAUAUGGAAGAUUUAGUAAAUGUGGUGAAACAUUUGGCUCGCUCGCUCGCUCGCUAAAUAAAUAAAGUAAGUAAAUUACUUGGGACGUGUAAAACAUUAGGGUUUACUUCUUGAAAUACCAAAACGAAAACAAGAUCAAAAGUCUAAAAAAGAGAAACUUGACAAAAAAUUAUUUUUCAGAACUUCAGCUGUUAUUUCUAACAAUUCGAGCGACCACAUUAAGACUUCCUCAUUUUCUCAGCUGGUUUGACCAGCAUAAACACUGUUGAAAUGGAGUGAAGUAGGUAUUCCGAAAGCUUGGAGGAGUGCACGAUUUUUAAAAAAAUUGAAAUUUUGGAAAUACUGACCGACCUACCCACUCAUCUGUCUAUCUACCCAGCUAUCUAUCCAACUAUCUAUCUAUCUAUCUAUCUAUCUAUCUAUCCAUCUAUAUAUCUAUCUAUCUAUCUAUCUAUCUAUCCAUCUAUCCAUCUGUCUAUCUAUCCAUCUAUCUAUCCGUCUAUCUAUCCAUCUAUCUAUCCAUCUGUCUAUCCAUCUAUCUAUCUAUCCAUCCAUCCAUCUGUCUAACUAACUGUCUAUCUAUCUAUCUAUCUAUCUACCCAGCUCUCUCUCUCGCUCUCUCUCUCACACACACACACCGCUUAUUGACGUCCCAUGUUUGAAUAGUUUAGGUAGAGUGGCCUCCCUCGUGAAACGAAACUGAAAGGACGCCAUUGUUUUAAAUAUUCAGUAAAAGAAUAUUUGACAAUCUCAAAGUGAUUGGUUUAGAAGCUUUGAGGUACCGUUCACUCCCCCGCUUGAAGUAACGACAAAACUAGAAAUUCAGACUGCGCUGCGCAGCAAAAUCAAAACAGGACAUUAAAUAAAAUAUCAAACUAACAGUUAGUCAUUGGUAAGGGUGUUAACUCCAUGUUGGCAUCAUUUUGUAUUGGAAACCGAAAUGCUUCAGAUUUAUCAACGACAGCAGAGAGGCUCUCACAUACUUAUUUUCUUGGAUAAUGUUUUGAGAAUUAACGGUUGAUUGGAGGCGACCGCAAGAGCAAACUGACAUUAUUACAAAUACCUCCAAAUGUAUUGAAAUGUUUGUUAGAGACUUUUAACUUAAUAGUUUCCCUGUAUGAUUUUUUUCGAGGGUAAAAUUAUCCCUUACACCGUCUACUAAUUACUUCAGCGAAUGUAGUUAUCUUGGUGUGAGGUAAACACUAAUGUUUGCUGAUUACUUCGAACCAAUUUAAAUGUUCCAGAAUCGGAUGUUCCAUCACCUUAAGGACUAAAUGUUUCUUUUUAUUACCCACUUUCGCUACGUUAUGAAUUCUUAACGAGAAUAUGGACUUCAAUGGCCAAAUAAUGGUUGAAUAACUUUGAUAUUAUUUCUUCCUUUUCUAGUUGACUUGCAAAUCUUAAGCCUCGAUCAUUUUUAUUGCCACCACAGUGGUAAAUAAAUGUGAAUUCAUCGUACUACAUACAGACACACACAUGCGUAUUUUCCAGACAGAAUCACAAUACUUUUAAGACUAUGAAGCAAAUAUUAAGCCGUAACCAUAUUUCAUAACGUAGAUUAAAAAGAAAGGGGGGAAUCUUUUAUCUACAAUAAUAUAUGUGCUACAUGGACAUAGUCAACAACGGGUACACUGUGGGCAUGUAGAAGAUAUACACACAUUGCAUAUUUUACCCAGUUGUGAAAAGAGAUUCAAAAUAUCUCAGAGAAGCACAAUGACUACGGAGGACGUUAAACCGUUGGUUAUCCCCAACUCAACCGUUUUUACCAAUUUGGAUUCAGUAACAGAGACUUAUAAUAGUAAUGAGAAAACUUUAGGCGAUGAAGUAUUUACUGAAGAAAAAUCAUUGGACAAAACCGUUCGAUGUGAAAUUUGUGGGGAAUCAUUUGGCAAAGUCCGUUAUUUAAAAGAACAUAGGAAAAUACACUCUGGAAAAGAAACUUGCCUUGAUGAAAUAGUUACGAAAUCAUUCUCUCAAACAUCUCUUCCUCUUCAUGAACCUAUUCACACAGGAAAUAAAUCUUACCACUGUGAAAUAUGCGGGAAAUCAUUUGUGAAAAACAGUAAUUUAACGCAACAUAAGAGAGUACACACUGGAGAAAAACCAUUUGCCUGUGAAAUAUGUGGGGAAGCUUUCUCUCACAAUUAUCGUCUUGCUCUCCAUAAACAUAGUCACACUGGAAACAAACCUUUCCACUGUGAAAUAUGUGGAAAAUCAUUUGCUCUUAAUAGUUAUUUAAAAAGUCACAAGAGAAUACACACGGGAGAAAGGCCAUUCCAGUGUGAAAUAUGUGAGAAAUAUUUCGGUCAGAAAUCCAGUUUGGUUACUCACAUACGUAUUCACACUGGGGAAAAACCCUACCACUGUGAAAUCUGUGGUAAAUCUUUCUCUUUUAAUUCCAGUCUUUUGCGUCAUAAAGCAAUGCACUCUGGAGAAAGACCAUUCCAUUGUGAAAUAUGCGGAAAGUCUUUUGUGGAUAAAGGUGAUUUAACGAGACAUAAAAAAAUCCACAAUGAGGAGAAACCUGAGCAGUGUGAAAUUUGUGGAAAAUCUUUCUCAUUUAAAUCCAGGCUUGUUAAUCAUAAAAGAACACAUACUGGAGAAAAACCCUAUCACUGUGAAAUUUGUGGGAAACUAUUCGUUCAGAUUUCACAUCUUGUCAAUCACGUAAGACUACACACUGGAGAGAGACCAUAUCAUUGUGAAAUAUGUGAGAAGUCUUUUGUGACCAAAGGUGCUUUUAUAAGGCACAGAAGGAUACACACUGGAGAGAAGCCUUACAACUGUGAUAUUUGUGGGAAGUUAUUCACUAAUAAUUCUAAUCUUGUUGAUCACUUAAGAAUACAUACUGGGGAAAAGCCAUAUCAUUGUGAUAUAUGUAUGAAGUCUUUCAGAAGUAGCGGUCAUUUUGCCAAACACAAAAAAAUACACACUGAAGAAAAAUUGCUUCUCAGUAAAUCGUCAUCAUGAUGAUGAUCUUCAUUUAGUGUCUGUGUUUUCUGCCUGGCAUGGGUUGGAUGGUUUGGCAGGAUCCAACCUGUUUGGACUGCAUUGUGCAGUGUAUGAUAUGGGUUAUUUUUGACUUGCGGACCCCUUUAUAUUUCAGGCUUUACCUUAUAAACGCUUAUGAAAUUUAUACAUAAAUAUUUGCUUAAAAUAACAUAUUUUUACAUUUAUUUAUUUAACAGUAUUUAACAAAUAGGUUUAUUGUCAAUUAAAAGAUUUCGAUUAAAAAACAUAUAUAAAAUCAAAUUGCCCAUAAAAAGUAUUUGCUGCCCACGGACCCCCUGUCUUGUCCUUGCGGACCACAUUUUGAAAACCCCCCUGGGUUAUACAGUUGGAAGCCCUUCCUAAUACCAACCACUUGACAUUUGUAAUCUGUAGCUGAAUACAAGCUGGAGAGAAAAGAAGAGAAUAUUAAACACUGUUGCUGGUGCCACAUAAAAUGCACUGGUGAUGGUGCCACGUAAAAACUACAGGUAAUGGUGCUAUGUGAAAAUCACCAGUGCAGUGGUGUGGGUGCCAUGUAAAAAGCACCAGUGCUGGUGCCACAUAAAAGGCACUGGUGAUAGUGCCACUUAAAAAGCGCCUAGUACACUCUGCAAAGUGGUUAGCAUUAAGAAGGGCUUCCAGCUGUAGAAACCAAGCGGAAACAGAUUAUGGAACCUGUUGUGAUCCCCUGGCCUUGCCAGCCCCUGUCAAGCUGUCCAACCCAUGCCAGCAUGGAAGAAUGGACGCCAAACAAUGAUGAUCUUGUUGGAGAUGUAUUCUGUCUUGUCAUCUUGUAAUCUAUAAAUAUCUCUUGAAAAUAGGUAUGUUUGUAAUUAAAGUUAAUUACAGAGACUUAGUCUCAUUAUGACUGUAAAAGUUUGUGGAAAUUAUUAUAUAUGACAGAUGAUUUGUUGAAAAUAUUCAUAAAAAAUAAAAUUUUAAAAAUGUAAAACUUUUGUAAAAUCUUAUCACUUGAAUUUAUGGUGAAAUAACUCUUAGUUAUGUAAAUUAAAUUUUCAUAAUUUGUGACCAAAUAGCUUGUGGUUAAUGUAAAUUAACAUUUAUAAAUCUCUUAUAAAAUAUGUUUGCAA